UCUCAUUUCGCCUCAUGCUCUGCUCUCUGCGUCACCAUCGCCAUGAACAAGUCCUCCUUGCGCUCCGAGGCGUGGAACGGCACGGAGCGUAUGCGUGUUGCCACGGCGAUGGGUGAGUCAUCAUCUGUCCAAUCUGAGAAGCUUCGCUCUUUGGCUCGCUCGCUCUCUGAGAUGGGAUUGGAUAACGGAAAUCCCCCGGGCAGCGCGAAGCAGCCUACCACGGAGCCCUCCAUAGAGCUCGGUAAAGGGACGUUCUUUGCAGACGGCCAGAGGAAGGUGGACUAUAUUCUGUGCUAUCACUAUAAAAAGAGGAGGAUCUCCCAGCAUCGCCUCUCCCUCACCUCUCUAGCCUCCAAUGGGAGCCUUCCACUGCCCAGUGCGCUGAGACGUGAUUCGCAGCCUGAGCUGGAGGUGGGGCUGCAAGAGGGGGAGGAGUCUGACCUGAGUGAGGAAGAGAAAGCUAUGAUGAGGGAGGAGUUUGAGUCUGGACUGUUGGAGCAGGGUCUGCAGCUGGAGAGAGACAAGGAGUCUAAGUCCCAGGGUAUAGGAUUUAUCCGGCUGCAUGUUCCCUGGGCGACGCUGAGCAGAGAGGCGGAGCUACAGAAGAUCAAAGUGCCCGUCAAAAAGAGUUAUGAGUUGCGGCAGCCUCAGGGCAUCGCGGGGAAAAUCGCAUUGUUGUAUCAAACCCUGAUCAAACCCUUCCGACCUGACGUGCCAGAAACACUCAACACACAGUCCCACCAGAACCGGACCAAGACCCUCUCACACCCCUUCUCCAGAGAAAAACUACACCUGUUUGAAACCAAGUCUCAGGACAUCCUGUUUGACUACGCCGUACGCAGCAGAAUAGUCAAGGAGAUAUUGACACGCACCGCCUGUACACAGACUUGCCAAGCCACUGGUAUCUCAUCAUUAUUAGCUACUGGUGUCUAUAACUCUGCCUUUCCUCCACAUGAUGGGUCAUUCACCAGGAAAGGAGGGCGGGAUCAGAGGAACGACAGACAGCUCCUAUAUGAGGAGUGGGCCAAUUACGGAGUGAUGUUCAAAUACCAGCCAUUGGACCUAAUCAGGAAGUAUUUUGGGGAGGCGAUUGGUCUGUACUUUGCCUGGAUGGGAGUUUACACCCGGAUGCUGGUACCGCCGUCUCUACUGGGCCUGAUAGUGUUCCUCUAUGGUAUCCUGACUGUCCACUCAAACGUGCCCAGCCAGGAGAUGUGUGAUGACAGUCUGAACUUCACGAUGUGUCCACUGUGUGAUACAGUGUGCGACUACUGGAAGCUGAGUUCCGUCUGUUCGUUGACUCGCGCCUCAUACCUGUUUGACAACGGAGCUACCACCCUCUUCGCCAUCUUCAUGUCCCUCUGGGCUGCUUUUUUUCUGGAGCACUGGAAGAGGAGGCAGAUGUGUCUGAAACAUGCCUGGGAUCUGACCAGUUUAGAGGACGAGGAGGAAACCCCCAGGCCAGAGUAUGAUGAAAUCCUACAAGAGAAGAGACGGAAUAAGAGAGGAGCAAAAAGGAGGAGUGAGCUGGAUGGAGUGGGGGAUGGCGAAGCAGAGCAGGGAGAGAAGGACAAGAUGCUCUCACAGAGGGAGCCAGAGUCGUUGACCUUGGAGGAUCGGUUGCCAGGAUACAUGAUCAACGUGUCCGUCGUUCUAAUGAUGAUGGGGGUAACGUUUUCUGCAGUGUUUGGUGUGAUCCUGUAUCGUAUCACCAUGCUGUCUAUCUGGUCCAUGAACCCAGACCCUGAGGCCAAGGCCUCUGUUAGGAUGACCGUCACCACCACCGCCAUCAUCAUCAACCUGCUGGUCGUACUGAUACUGGAUGAGAUCUACGGAGCCAUCGCUGUCUGGCUGACUGAACUGGAGGUUCCUAAGACAGAGGCGGAGUUUGAGGAGCGUCUGAUUCUGAAAUCAUUUCUGUUGAAGUCCAUGAACACCUUUGCUCCCGUCUUCUAUGUGGCUUUCUUCAAGGGCAGGUUUGCUGGACCUCCAGGGGACUAUGUUUACUUGUUUGGCCACUUCCGUAUGGAGGAGUGUGCUCCACCAGGCUGUCUGAUAGAGCUGUGUAUCCAGCUUAGCAUGAUCAUGUUGGGAAAACAACUCAUCCAGAACAACGUGUUCGAGAUUGUUAUACCUAAGCUAAAAAAGAUGUACAGAACAUACAAGGAGAAGGAUAAAGGAGGAGAGGAAGACGAGGAUGAGGAGGAGACAAAGAGGCCAAAGCAACAGUGGGACAAAGACUUCUCCCUGGAUCCCUUCGAGGGGCUCAGCCCGGAAUACAUGGAGAUGAUCAUCCAGUAUGGGUUUGUCACCAUCUUCGUGGCGUCGUUCCCUCUGGCUCCUCUCUUUGCUCUGCUCAACAACGUGAUUGAGAUCCGCCUCGACGCUGCCAAGUUCACCACAGAGAUCCGCCGCCCAGACGCCGUGCGCCGCCCAGACAUAGGAAUUUGGUUCAACAUUCUCAGUGGAAUCAGCAAGUUUUCUGUCAUUACAAAUGCGUUUGUGAUCUCGUUCACGUCGGACUUCAUUCCUCGGACGGUGUACCAGUACAUGUACAGUCAGACAGGCAGCAUGCACGGAUUCACAGAACACUCCCUGUCCUACUUUAACGUGUCCAACUUUGAGGCUGAUUCCUCCCCCUCCUCAACACUAUUUACUGGAGUCACCAUAUGCAGAUAUAAAGACUACAGAGAUCCACCAUGGGGAGCUCAGCCCUACUCCUUCUCUAAACAGUACUGGUCUGUCCUGGCAGCUCGAUUGGCCUUUGUCAUCUUCUUUCAGAACCUGGCGAUGUUCCUGAGCAUGCUGGUGGCCUGGUUGAUCCCUGAUGUUCCUCGUUCUCUUAGAGAACAGGUCAGGAAAGAGAACAUGUUGCUGAUGGAGUUCCUUGUCCAGGAUGAACAGGAGGCCCUACGCUCCAGACUUCCACACCACUCCCCCACACCACACAUUGACAUAGUGGUGGAGGGGGCAGUGGGAGAAGAGGAGGAGGAGGAGGAGAAGAUGGACAGAUCAGGACAAACCAUGGACAACCCAGAUAGCACUGACCCAGCAGGAGAAGGAGGAGGAGGAGGAGGAGGAGGAGAAGAUGGGAGAGGAGAAGGAGCAGAAGGAGACAGAGGAGGAGAAGGGCCAAACCAGGAGGAAGUCACCGUUGUGGACCUGGACUCUGUUAUGGACCAGCUGUAUCUGUCAGACCCAGAGCCGUCCCAGAACCAGAGCCUAGCUGACAUGGAGCUGCCUGUCUCUGGAGCAGCCCCACAGGAGCAGGAGGACCAGCCACCAGACCCAGCUAGCCCUCCAGCUGCCCCAGCAGGGGACACAGCCUCGCCCGAGACCGCCCUGGCCCAGACCCACCCAGCAGGCCUGGAGGCUACAGAUAGCAGGCUGUUCCCCAGAGGCCCUCCCCUCAGAGACCUAGCAUCCUCCAGGGCCAAGGGCCGCUGCUCCACCCUGCCUCCCCACCAGAGAGGGCUUGAACCUGGGCACAGCCGGCCCCGACCCAGCCACUCAACCAGCCUCACGAAGUUCCACCUUCCACCUCUACCCCAUCUGCCCCCCUCACCCUCCCCUACAAACACCCUUCAGGCCCCCCCUCCUAAUCCCAUCUCCCCCCCUCCCAAGCCCCUGUCUCCCAGUGAACUGUUCAUGCUGAAGGGGCCUCCCAGCAGAGAACCAGGAGGCUCCAGGGCUAAGGGGCGCUGCUCCACUCUGCCUGCCCGCCAGCGAGGUCCCGAGUCUGGGGAGAGCUCCUCCAGACCCAGCCACUCUUCCAGCUUCACCCGGCAGGAAGACCGUAUCCCCCCAUCCCCCAGCGAACUAAAACGAGACACCCCGGUGUGA